UCGCCCUCUGGCUGGGCGCCCGCUGAGUGCGCGUUGGGGGCGGAAGGGGUUCGGUGACCGCCGGGGAGGUCGAGGCCGGGGCUCCCACCCAGAACUGAAGCAGCGUCGCGGCAGCCCGACUGAACCUCUGUGUAUAUAUGCCUGCCCAGGGAGACAUGGACAACUGUUUCGUCGCGGCGACGCUGACCGGGGUGGACCGACGUUCCCUGCAGCGCUCAGCUAGGCUGGGUCAAGAAGUGCUGGAGCGGGCCAAGAGGCGGGCGGUGGACUGGCAUUCACACGAGCGCCCCAGAGGCAGCUUGGGGAUUCUUUCCCGGGAGGGGUCCUACCAAGAAAGACUACUGGCAGCGGCCCCCCAGCCUUUUCUUCCUGUAGAGAGAGAAGAAAGGCACCCAACCCUUAGUGCAUCCUUCAGAACAAUGGCUGAAUUCAUGGACUAUACUUCAAGUCAGUGUGGGAAAUAUUAUUCAUCUGUGGCAGAGGAAGGAGGGGCAACCCAUGUCUAUCGUUAUCACAGAGGGAAGUCGGAGCUAGACAUGUACUCUUACAGAAGGCAUGGUCAGAAAAAUGACAGAGAAAAGACAUCCUUCAGUUCAGGAAGCAUCUAUGAAACAUUAGCACAUGCUUCAGAGUCAUCCCAGCCGGCUGAGAACAUCUCAAAGGACCUCUACAUAGAAGUAUAUCCAGGGACCUAUUCUGUCACUGUGGGCUCAACUGCCUUGACCAAGAAGACUCAUGUAGUAGCAGUUGAUUCAGGACAAAGUGUGGACUUGGUCUUCCCUGUAUGAUGUUGGCCUUCACUGCUAUCACAUCACUCUUUUUUAAGUUGCAAGGAGAAUAAAGUCACCAUAUGAUUUUCUUAAUAAYUACACAUUAAUCCUGCUUUUAGUGCUGACUGUAGAGGCCAGCCUUCUUGGGAACUGGAAUCUGUCUCUUUCAGUCCCAUUUUAACUUGAGAGUCCCCCAUCCUCCUUUGCCUAAAAGUAAUAAUGUGAUGAUGCUGUCUGAAUAGUUUUUACUACUAGCUUUCCAAGUAAAGUCUAAUUAUGAUAAUAAAGGGAAAGAUUUGGAAACAGAGAAUUCAUUUUAUUGCUAUUAAAAAGAGGUCAGUGUUCCCCAUGUACAACUGUAGGUUUUAUGAAAAGACAGCAGAGAUGCUGUGGAGACAUUUGCCCAAAGCAGGUCUACUAUGGGUCUUCCAAAGUGGCCUCUGUGGAAGUGGCAUUCUCAAGCAGUGCCACCAGACAGAGCCACUGGCUCCUGUGCCCCUUAUGAGUGGUGCCUUCCUGCUGCUCAUCUGCAGGGAAGUCUUAAUGGGGUGAAGAUGCUACUGCUUACUUGAUUCUCACCUGCAGCCUGUGUUCUACCUUCCAUUGAAGAAGGUCUUGUCAGCCACUCUUUAUAACUCUUUGUUAGGUAUUUACCAUCAUAAUCYUUUGAUUUUCUGUUAAAGAGAAAAAGAGAAAGAAAAAUCCUGAGUCUCAUGCUAAAAUUCUAAGGAUCAAGGGCUGGGGUUAUAGUGCGGUGGUAGAGCACUUGCUUUGCACACAUGAAGCACUGGAUUCAAA